CCUUCACACCCGUUAAUCUCUCUCUCAUCUCAAGCUGCCGGGAUCUUAGCUCAUGAAACCGCCUGCUUGUGCAGCUUGUAGGCACCAACGUAGGAGAUGUAGACCAGAUUGCCCCCUGGCUCCGUUUUUUCCUCCUGAGAAAGCAAAAGAUUUUGAGGCUGCUCACAAGCUUUUUGGGGUACAUAAUAUUGCCAACAACCUCAAGAAAAUAAUCCCCGAACAGAAACCUGAGUCUAUUACAUCUAUGGUUUAUGAAGCUAAUGCUCGAGUUAGAGAUCCUGUUAGUGGGUGUACUGGCAUCAUUUCAAGAUUGCUGCAGAAUAUUAACGCUGUCAAGGUUGAACUUGAGUUUGUGCAAGCUCAAGUGGCCUGCUUUCAUACCCUGCAACAACAACUUGGAGACCAAAAUGUUGUUGAUAAUGUAGGCUUUGUGGACUUUCUUCAAGAAAACAGUAGUGCUAAUAUUGUCCAAUCUCUUAAUCAAGAUUGUAACUUUUUGUAUGAGAAUCUUCAGAACCCUCAACAACUUCAAGAAUCCAGUUUUGCUCAAGAAACUAAACUGUUUGAUGGUGUUCAUCAAGGGAUUUCUCUCUCUAUUGGCCAGCCUGCUGUUAAGCCUGAAAGGCGUCCAUCAUCAUCACCAUCCUCUUCAAAAGUACAUGGGAAGCAACCUCUCCAGGAUUUCCAUAGAGGUUUAAAACACGAUGGAAAAUCAUGCCAACACGAGCAGUGGACAAUCUAAAGGAUGAUACCAUGGUAUUUUCUCGGAAAACUGAUAAAUGACAAAGAUUAGACUGUAAAGUGUUGCAGUAGCUCUGCUCAGGUUUCUUAUAAUUUUGAUUGUUAUAUACCGAGAGGAGACACGUGCCAGCAGGAAAUUCAUACAGUGACAUGUUUGAUAGAUUUGCAUUACACAACUUAGCUUCUUUUUUUACAUUGGUAGGAGAGAAUUACACUGUUUCGUGCCUUCUGUGAUUAUGGUCUCAUUUAGUCAUUUGAGUUUAGCAAUGUCAUUGAAUAGCACAAUCUUAAAUUUCUGUUGCACCUGUAAACCUGCACCCUGCUGGAAGUUCACUUUUGAUAUUUUCUGUAUAUGAAAGUGGAGUUAACUUUGAUAUGAA